UCCACGUCUCCCAAAGGAGUAAUUAUCAGGGACUGGAUGCCGGCAAGUGGAAACAAACCAUCAAUUACAUCAUGAAACCAGAUCCAUUUUAAAAUGCGGUUAUUGAAUUAGUAAGGAGUAAGGAACACAAACACACACCAAACUUAUUUCAUGUGCCUGCGUGCUCUGUGGACCAGCAGGAACACAUAUCCAUAGAAACGAAAUAUUCAACAGAGAACCUGAGGCUGUGUGAAAGUCCCCACAGUGACUCAGAUGGUGCACAACACUUUCCUGCUAAGCUCAGUACCCUAGAGAAACAAGAAACGCAGCUGAAUGCACUUCAUAUGCAGAUGCGAGGAUGCUUCCCUCCAUAUUAAAGACUUGUAUUUAUAUUAGGAGAUGCGAAAACUGUGUCAGAUAAUCCAGGACGACAUAUUUGUUGUUUUUUUUUUUUAUCUCUCCUAUAACUUUAAAGUCCCUUGCUGGAUAUUGAGAUGGUCACUAAAGCGGCAGAAAUAGCUGGAAGGCAACUUUACAAAGUUCCUAGCAACCAGAGGGAAUCACAAGACUGUUCUACUGACACAGAAGAAGAGGUUAAGGGACAGUGAAUGGGCUGCUUGCAUCUUUUCUUGUCCUGGGAACUAAAAAUGUCCCUCAGCAACUUGGAACAGAAAGAGAAGAAAACGAAUAAUAACCGAAUGAGAUUUUAGUAGCAUGAUUUCAUCCAUUGAGAUAUAUGGCAAGUAUACAGAGUCCCAGGACCAAACAGCUUGCAAUCUGAUUUUGAAGCAGUGAAAGGAUUUGUCCAAGUUGACUGCAAACAGGGAAUGCUGGAAAUUGAAGCAGCCUGUGACGUUCCCACUGCUCUGUUCCUCCUUAAUUAAAGCUGUGAGAGUUUCAAACCUCACUUGAAUACAUUUUAAUAAAUUACCUUCCCGGGGGCUGCAAAGCUUUAACAGACUUUGAUUUUUUUUGGCUUUGUGUGGGAGAAGAUGGGGCAUAAGGUCAGGGCCAUGGUGAGCACAAACAUUUCCAUGGUCUGAGCUCUCUAACUGAGCUGUAUUUUGAUAGUCUGCCAUCUCCCUGGAUAUUUUAAAGGGCAUCUCCCCAUGCAGAAUGGAUUUACGCCGAUUUCUCCAUUUCCCCAGUACAGGUAAUGGAUGCAAAAGAUAAUGGUGCUUGCGGUUUCUUUGUAUCCGACUUCCCACCCCACUGCUCCAGCAAACAAUGUCCAGAGAAGAGAACUGGUGAGAAGAUGAAGCGGCUGAAUUCAGGGAACCUGCUGCUGCUGGUCGUGCAGCUCCUCACUUAUCUCUGGAAAGCAACCUCUAUGAAUGUCCGCACGUGUGAGGGCUACCCAGGCCACGGUGACCUCUAUCACUCAGGAUUUCAUUGUCCCCGCCUUAGUGAUGCUCCAGAACUUAUGUACUGCUGCUGGCCUGGAAAUGGAACCCUGAAAUACUGCUGCAGCCAGGAAGAAUUUGAAACCCUAAUGAAAGUAAAUCUAUCAGAGCUCCUUACCACCUAUAUACACAGGAGCCCCCUUCCCCUGCUUGGCAUUGGUUUGUAUGGCCUCCUGAUCCUUUCUCUGAUGAUAGUGGAUUUCCUCUAUUACUACAGGAUUAACAAGAAUAUAUUUUACAACAUGCUGAGUCACACUUGGAUCGGAAAACACCUUGUACGCUCUCUUUUCCAUAGUAACGCCCAGGGCAGCGUUCGGCACAGUAACAAAGGUGUGUGGAUAGAAGCAAAAGAAAGGCUGGCAGAGGAUGUGAGCUGUGAUAAUCAGAGACCUUUAGAAGACAGAGUGUAAGAAGAUUGCGGGGGCGGAUUAACAAAGGAAGCCUAGCAGAGGCUAGCACCACUUGCCUGUUGCCAAUAAAUAUUGAAAUAUGAAUCUCUUACAAAAGGCAGAGACUUAGAAAAUGUGACAAUGUGACAGAAGCUGGAAAUAGGAGAAGCAAAACACAGGCACACAUCUACAGUAUGUGCAGAAUAUGUGUAGAUAAUAGGCAUUCGAUAAUGGAUGGGUAUAAAUGCUAUAAUAAUAACUUGUAGAGGGAGGCAGGUAGGGGCGGCGCUUUUAUCUCAUUAACUCUUUAUAAACCUGGAAGGCUGAUAUUUCAUCUUUGUUAUCUGAGACCCUUGCUUUUAUGUUUUAUUUAAAAUGACCUACUAAAGCACAUGGGGGGUAUGCUAAAUAAAUAUAACACACAGUCUGUCAAAAUAAGCCUUAGAAUAAAAGCUCCACUAUAAAUGCAGAACUGGAUCUCACUGCUGGCCAGCUAAUGCUUGCAACCCACAGGGCAUCAUUUACAUAAGAAAGAAAAGUGAAAGGCAAAAUAAAAAUAUACUCCUUCAACUAUGGCUCUCUAGCUGUGUUAAACUACAACGCUCACAAAAAAAAGGAAAUUAUAUUUUACAAGAACGGGAGGAAUGUAAUUUUCCCUAGUAUAUUUUUAAUGUAAUGUAAAGAGGGCCCUGGGCUGCCAGUACCAGAGAAGCUCCUUGAAGAGAAAUGUUUUGGAUAGUGCAAAAGACAUACUUAGAGUAAAGGUGGCCAUACACGGGCCGAUAAAAGCUGCCGACAGACUGUGU